UUCCAGUCCCAAUGAUAAAGGCUCAGACGUAAAAAAAAAUUACUCAGCGAAAUUUUCGUUAAGAUGUUUGUUAUAAAUCUUAUAAUACACUUUAAGGAUUUAAUUAAAUUUUUGUUCGGUUGGCCACGAUUGUAACGGUAUGAAGCGGAACUGCUAAACAACAGUUGGGUCGCUGAUUCGUGUUUUGAAAACAAAAGGCAAUUGGGCAAUAUCACUCGAGUAGCGGAGUAGAUGUCAUUUCUGGUAUCGAUCGAGGAAUCAGUUCUUCAGUUCUCGUAGCAUGGUGGAUGAAAAAUCUUUUGGUGAUCAACAGUCUACCUUGUGGGUCGAGCUCUUCGUGGAGUAUUUUGUUAAUCUGAUUUACGUUCUUGUCACUUCCGUCCUUCACUUGACCGAAGUAUUGGUUGAAUACGGGGAGCAUUUUCUUCAAUCCAUUUUCCUACUGUUGAUUAGUUUAUCAGAAACAAUAGUCGCUAUUUUUGAUUUGGCAUUCUCUGACUUCCAAAUCAAACUACUGCAAGUAUUCUUUUGCAUACUAGCCAUCCACAUAUUGGCUAUCUGUGUUGCAUGGAAAAUUUAUAGUGAAAGAAUAACACAAAGGUUUCUGAAACCAAGUCUCUACGAAAUAUCAAGUGAACAGCUAAAGACAGCAGUUUCAGAGCUCAAACUUCCAGCUGAACACACACCACGCUGGUAGAAAAUCAUAAUGGAUAAGAUCAAGAAGUUUUUUGAAAAGAAGAAAGCUGAUACAAAGUUUAAACUAGCAGGAGAAGGACAUAGACUCAACGAAACAGUCCAGCCACCAACAGUAAACAGAAGUAUUCAAUCCCAGGCUCGUUCAGAGGCUUCAACUAGUGCAGCACAACAACAGGCUGCCGCUGCAGCAUUAGCACGUCUUGAAAAGAAAAAAGAUCCCACCCCUCAGCAAAGAUCUGCAGCAAUAAUACGAGCCCAAGCAUUAAAGGAAUUAGAACUAGAGAAACAGGAUGCCCCUAUUCAAGAACUGUCUCUGUCUGAUAAAACUCAAAAAUUUCUACCAGCAGAUCAAUUUGCUGUCAGUGGGGUUUAUUACAAGUGCCCCCUUGUAGGGCCUGAUGUAUUGCCGAAAAAGGAAAUUGAAAAUUUGAUAAAGGAAUUUCUCUAUCAGCAAUUAGAAUGUGAAGAAGCAGGACUAACUGCAUGUCUUGUUAUACACACCUUGAACAAGCCUCCAGAUAAGGUUCAGCAAUGCAUCGAGACGUUGUUUCGGUAUCUAGACAACAUCGUUCAGAAUCCCACGGAGGAGAAGUAUCACAAAAUCCGUAUCAACAAUAAAAUUUACCAAGAACGUGUUGCUCAACUCGAGGGAGUUCAGCAUUUUUUGCAAGCAGCCGGCUUUCAACUGAAAUCUGUACAAAAUUCCCAGCAAGAAUUGGAGGAUGUCUGGGUCUUAUUAAAUACGCAGCCGGAACACAUCGAAUACAUUAGUAAUUUACGUGAUAGUUUAAUCAGCGCCGAGCCGAUACGUCCUGAAUUAGAUCGAGGACUGCAGAUUUUGAUGCCGUCGCAGGCUGCCAAGCGAGUUGAAUUGCCAUCUGAUUUCUUCUGGCUUACUGCAGAAGAAAUAAAACGAGAACAACAGUUGAAAACUGAGCAGGCUGAGCGAGGGUUAAUGCUACGGACGCGGGCCAUGAGGGAGCGUGACGAGAAGGCUGCAUCACGAAAAUACCGAUUUACUCUCAUCCGCGUUAAGUUUCCUGAUGGUCCAGUGCUACAAGGCACGUUCAAAGUGAAUGAAACCAUGCAAGACGUCCGUCUGUUUGUUUCCGAAGCCCUCCAAGAACCCUUCAUAGAAUUUAGCUUAGUAUCACCAGCAGCUGGUGUUACUAAUCCGGCCGAUGUCCAAAACCCAAGUCUACUUGAUCUUCAGCUAUGUCCAUCAGCACUCUUUCACUUUGCCCCAGCCGUUCCUUCAUCUUCUGGCUACCUGAAAGACGAUUUAAUGAUCCUUAUGCAAUCCAUAUGAUUGUUUCCUGGUUUGUUGCAAAACCGAAAUACUUGUACACUUUCCAAAAAUUCCUAUAUUAGUCACCUUAUAUUGCAUCGCUUCCUGUUUACUACAUAGUAAAAUAACUAAAUUUAUAUUAGAUGUUUAACAGCGACAAUGGAUGUAUUCUUUAAUUGGAUUUUUUGGAAUCCAAGGAUUAAAUCCAUAAUGACUAGGUAAUCAAUACAUAACCGAUAAUUUGA